GCAAGGGUGCAUGCACCGAGAGGAGCAGCAAGAUGAAUCACAUUCUAGUGUUGGGGAUUGCUCUUUCUACCUUCUGCACCAGCCAUUCCAUUAAAGAAUUCUGUAAUUUGCCCCAUGAAGAAGGCACCGGCACAAGUUUCCAUUUCGCCACCUAUUAUGAUCCCAGCAAAGACCUUUGCUAUCCCUUCUUAUACAGAGGGGAAGGAGGAAAUGCAAAUCGUUUUGAUAAUGAGAGAGAGUGCAUGAGGAAUUGCUCUCCCAACGUAGACCAAUUCUACCCUAUGGAUGAGUCCAUGGCGUGCCACUUCAACUAUUCCAAGGGUGGCUGCGAUGGCAAAUCACUGCGUUUCUACUAUGACUCAGUUCGUGACAAAUGCAAGAAGUUCUUUUGGACUGGCUGCCUUGGAAAUGGAAAUCGAUUUUUGAGCCAAGAGAGCUGUAACGCCACCUGUGCCGGUAUCCAUGAUGACGGUGAGGGUGAGGAGGAGGAGGAGCCCGACACUCCAGUCGCGCUCAUCUGUGGAAUUGUGUUUGGUGUAAUCGGUGCCAUCAUCCUCAUCGUUGUAAUUGUCCUACUUGUGCAGUCGAAGGACAGCCCCAAAGGGGCGCCAAAGAAAACCAAAGAAGCCCAGGCACAAUUACCUCUUCAGGAAGUCGAGGUGGAAAUCAAAUAAGAGGAUCAAAUCAUUGACAAGACAGCAUGUGGACCCCGUCAGGCUUCACUGUGUGCAGCCGCGCUGCUGGUCUCCAUGCUAACUCUUCAGAAGAGCACGUCAUGUAUUUUUAUAUCUCUGCUAGACAUUUGUAUGUGCUUUUGUUUAAAGAAGUUCCCUUUUUUUUGUUAGCUAAGGGUCACCGCUGUCCUGAGAGCUCCUCGACUUAACGUUUAUUAUUUCAGUAAUUUAAAGUCAUUGUGAUUUGUGACAGCUGUAGUGGACUCAUGCACAUAAUUCACCAUUGCUUGUUUGUAUUAAGUUGAGUGUUCACUUUUAACUCCUGAGACCAGAGCUUUUGUUUGGUAUGCAUUCGUUUUUGUUUUGUAAGCGUGACAUCAUACGAGGCUGCAUGGUCUCUGGGGGCCUCAGUGUGCAGCCAAGGUAACGGAGCAGCAUGUUGUCAAGGCCGGGUUGUAAAAUGAAAAAUAAACGACACACGCGUUCGUGUUUUCAA